AUGGAGUUUGAGACGACGGAGACAGUUCGUACGACACCGAGUCGCCAUGAGAAAAGUUUGGGGCUCCUGACGAUGAAGUUCGUGAGCCUGCUCCAAGAAGCUAAAGACGGCGUCCUUGAUUUAAAAGUGGUCAGUGAAACGUCGACGGUUGACACCUGGUUGUUGAGUGUGGGGUCGUUCAUUGUGGGUGUAAUUCAUCGGUGUUCCUCCAGAAAGUGAACAAAGGGCUGUCGGGGAGGAUGGCAGGUGUACUGAUUUUACUAACAGGUGGACCAGCUAGUCGCCAUUACCCCCCACUGUCUCUUGGUUGGGGUGUUCAUAAACACUCACCGGCGAAAGGACAACGAUAGCUGCGUCCGAAUUGCCAAGUAGUAGUCGAAGUAGUAGUCGAAGUAGUAUCUAGCAUGUCCGAAUUGGCCACCGGAGCGAGUAGCAUGCUACUUCAGAUACUACUUCAGAUACUAGACACGCCCACAUUGUAGGUUGGUCUCGGUGCAUCCUACGGGCAUGCUACUGACCCAAAAUGCACCACGGGCUUCUUCUUCGUCCUCUUAAAAGUUGUAGAAGCGCAUGUGAUGCUAGCGCCACCAGCUGCUCUGCCUAUUUAAAUGUGUCGCGAACGCCGGCUGGCCACAACAGCGCGCACCAUGUCGCGGGACCGCAGCAGUACAGAUGUAAGUUUCAUGUAACUUCACACACUGUCCUAAAAAAUGUGCGGUUGUAUCUCUUUGUCAUGUCAUGGUGUCAUAUUUGCCCAAGUAAUCAUUUUAUGAGCAAAUAUGUGGCGACAUCAUGGAGGUAAAGCUCACUUAUUCCAUCAUUAAACUGCACAGCUGCAGUACUACAGCCAGGCCCGCAGAUGAGGGGCUUCAGUUACCACUGUCUGCACGGGCGCAGUACCUACUCUCUGCCUGCGGGGGUCGUCUUUCCCCACCGCUCGUCUAGUGUGUCCGAAUUGGGCAAACGUGUUUAGUAUGUAGGAGUAGGAUCUAGCAGUAGCACGUAGCAGUAGCAUGUAGUAUCCGAGCGGGCAGUUCGGACGCAGCAAUUGUCAGCGGUUAAAGUGGCAUAAAGUCACUAUGUUGAAUACGUUAAAGAUAGAAAACGGUGGAUGUAAGGUCCAAGUAUUUCUCUCUCUGGGUUAGUCUACCUGCCACAACGAGUAGAUAUUAGCUAAACUUGUCAAAACAAACACCUAUAAUUUUAUGUAUCAAACAAAUAUGAUUUGAGCCUCUUAGGAAACAAGCAAAGGAAAAUUAACCCUAAUUAGAUAAAAGUUGACCCAAUGAAAGAAGUAUCCUGAAACACUUUAAAUCACUUGGGAGAACCAGAACCAGAGACCACGGGAGAAACAGCAACAACUACAGUAUCUCUGUUCACAGUAUGACACCAGUCUAACUGUAAGAAGCUCCUGAUUCCUUCGGUUGUGUUUCUCACUGGAGUUGUGAGUGAUUUGCUUAAUAUCACAUGAAAAUUUAUAUCUAAGCAUUAAUGUUUUUAGGGUCCUAAAGUGAAGUUUUCAUACAGAAAGAAAGGUGGGGUUGACAGCAUUUCUCAUUUCUUGCCAAGAGGGGAGCAAAAUAUUAGGAAUUGUGUUGUUUAUGUUUGCUCAGAUGUUCAUAAUGAUGUGGUCAGUGGACGUAUGUGAGAAUUGAGUUAAACCCCUCUCCAUCUCUCCAAUUAUUCAGUGUUUUUAUGACUGUAUGUAAACAACUUCUAACUGAGCUUAACUAAACAUUAAGUGAAUGUAAACCCCUCUCUUUAUUACGGUACAGAAUUUGUUGUAGAAUCUACAAGCCACUUAACUGUCUGUGCCAGACCUCCCUGAAUGGUCUCCCACAAAUGUUACCUUCUUUUCAUCUCACUGAUAAGUAGAUUUCCCUCUCCUCUUGCGCGCCAAAGCUUGGUAAUGUUUACACAGCAGGCUUUUAACACCCUUUUCCCUCCUCCUCCCUCCUUUGCUAUUGUAUAACUGUCCUCCUCUGCCAACAGGCUUGAUUUUCUAUUUGCGCAGCUUAAUUGACCAAAUCCCUCAUUUGUCUGGUUUGUUUGAGUCUCAUUUUGCAACCUCAAGACAUGUUUGCAGAAACAGACAGAAAUUCAAAGUUGUCUAUUCACAGUAAAGCGUCUCGUCCACAAGAGUUCAUAUAAAGCUGUCACUGAAUGGGUCCACUCAGUGGAAAUGUUCAUUGAAUUAACAGGCUGCAGACAGCUUGGCAGUGAGGCAGAAGAGGAGGAUCUAUGACAUUACCAACGUGCUGGAAGGAGUGGGAUUGAUCGAGAAGAAAAACAAGAACAUAAUCCAGUGGAGGUUUGAAACUCUUUUAUAUUUUAGAGUUAGAGAAAUGUUUUCCUCCUUUCUGACAUUUUUCAUGUAGUUCAACUUGUGUGUAUUUUUGAAAGUUUGAUGAGAGAUUUCUCAGGGAAUUUUACUGCAAACAAAAAACACAUCCUCCUUAUCUUAAGCUGAGCUCACUUGAAGAAUGGACAAAUUCGGAUACUAGUAUUUACACUUCACAUUUUUCCCUUUCAUAUCUUUUGGGUCCAGGGGGGAAAACUCAAGCAGCCAAACCAAAGAGGUGCUGGACCAGGUGAAGAUUUUGAAGGCCCAAAUCUCUGAGUUGGAGGCCCAAGAGAAAGAGCUGGACAACCAGAAGGCAAAGCUGCAGGAGAGCAUCGAACACUUGAACCGUGACCCCAUCAACAGCACAUAUCCUUUAAACAUGAAGCAUCAAGUGCAGAAAAUGUGUUUUAUUUAUUUAUCUUUUCUUUUUUUUUUUACAAAAAUACAGGUUGGUUAUCCUCAGUGUUUUAUGGUAUUUGUUUUUGUAUGGUUUGUAUUGAAUUUUAGAGUUUAUCCUCCAUAGAGAAACUGGUCGUAGAACUGCACAUGAUCAGUGCUCUAGACAUCAACCACUAAGACUUGUUUGAUGUUAUUCUAGCGAAAUGUUGCUUGGUGUGAGUUUGAGUUUUUUCUCUCUAUACUUUGCCAUGCUAGUCCUCUUACAGCCUCAUUUUUCAAUCACAACAGUGGGGAAAAAAAAAUCCUUACUUAAUCUCUUUUCUCAAUCUUUGAGAGAGAAACCAUACAAAGAAAGGAUUAUAGACAUAAUUACUGCUGUCAGUCUUCAAGUGAAAUCACAGCCGACUAAUCCUGACUUUCACAAUACUCAGUCUUGUUUUUCCACUUUAUUGUCUCCAUCUCUGCCACAUCCUCUGGUAAUUUUGCCCUCUGUUUCUUUAACACUCCCCCACUUAUAAAUUUGUAACACAUGAAGACAUCUGCAGCGCCUUCAGUGGAGAUACUCUUCUUGCUGUGGUGGCCCCUGCGGGGACUCAGCUCGAGGUGCCGCUGCCUGAGAUGGUGAGUCACAUUUUACAAGCUUUCCUUGCUGAUUGUAAAACUUUAUGGCAUCUAUCUAUACACUUGGGUAUGUACAGUGAAAGCAGCAGUUUAUUCAUUUCAGUUUCAGGGGAUUUCAAUUCCGGUGUGGGUUGGGUCUUCUUGUGUGUUCUACUCCAUCUAAAAACAGAAUCCUUAGUCCAUCCAGUCCAAGUAAAACUAUCCUUGAGACAAGAUUUAGGAUAUAAUAAUACCCAGGUUGAGUUAUUUGCAGGAUAUCAGAGGGUAUUGCCACAUGCCUCUGAACCUUUAAUGUUUAUAUCAACUGAGGAAAAAUCUUUUAAAGCAGUGCAAACUAACAGUUGGGAAGAGAUUAGUGUGAUGCUUUUUAAGAUGCUCUGUACUUAUGUGGCAGGAUUUUCUGUAGCCUAGAUCCACUCAUGAAUCUCUGACAUUUCUUCUCUUUUGUGAGUACAACUUGCAUCCACUAUGGCGCAGCGGAAACAUGCUGUGUGUUUGAAUCUUUUUGGCACUUUUAUAGUUGAUAUGGUAAACUUGCUUCCACCUUAAACAAUGAUUCGAAUCUCUUACAACUCUUGGAGGAAGUAACCACCUCCCUAGCUGCAAAAUGCUCCACACUGGUCACAAACAAGUAUCUGUCUUCCAAAUGUGCUUCUAGAGCUUUUCAUGAGCUUAAAAUGCUAAAAUGUUUUAAAGAACUUUGGAAAUACUACAAACUACAAAUGGCCUUUUCACAGAGCCCCUCAUAUGAUACAUUGUGAGCAUAAAAAGACUGAUUAGUAACUGAUAUUAAACUUAUCUAAUUGCUGCUGUUCUUCAGGGCCAAAGUGGACAGAAAAAGUAUCAGGUGAACCUUCGCAGCCACUCGGCCCCCAUCCAGGUCAUGCUCAUAAACAAGGAUUCAGACUCAACAGUGCCCGUGGUCUUCUCUGUCCCUCCCACUGACGACAUCUGUCCAAUGCCAACUCCACCCAGCACCCCUGCCAACCUGCAGAAGUUCCCACUGUCCUCUUCCCAGUACUCCGCCUCCUCCUACUGCAGCCAGGACUCCCUCUGCUCAGACCACCAGAUGGUGCUGCCGGAACACGAUGAAAUGCACACACCAUCAUCUAGCCCUCCUGAUGUACAAAUGGGUAAGUGGAAAAACUCAAAAGCAGUGCUCAGAAAUGAUCAUGCCAAAGCUUGACUCAGACCUCAGGGGCUCUAAAAUCCUGGCUUACUAAAACCUGAUUACCUCACAUACAUAAAUUUUUAACUCUAUCCUUAAGCAUGCUCAAACUACAAAUUCAAAGGUUCUGAUUAACUGUCUCUACAGGAAAUUAUUUAAGGCUUUCGUGUGCAACAGAUGGAGCAAUUUUUCACAACAGUAGAUCUGAAAUGAUCUUAAUCUUAUCAACAAGCACAUAUAGACAAGGCAGGCUACAACCUGCUGUUAAACCAACCAUUUAGAAGGUAAACAGGAACAGACGGGAAAACAAGUCCGUAUUGGAAUUGUUUGGAUGGGAAGACUUUUUCUGUGAAUAUGGUAUUUUAUUUCAAAAGAACUUAAGCUGAGAUUUUUACUUAGUUUUUAGUCAAUAGUGGCUUGCUAGUUAUCAUUAUGACAUGUUUAGGAUAACUGGAUUGCAUAGAAAUAGUUCAUGCAAAUAAAAGAAGAAGGAAAUACCAUAGCAGCAGAAGGGUAAGAUUUAAUGUUUCAACUCUGCUGUAGCUUGUAAGACUUAAAACAAUAAAAAGGUUGGUUUUUUUUCAAUCAAUAACUCUAAAAGGAAAAACAACAACAACAACAAAAAACAGCCUUAAUACAAAAAGAGUCACUUACAUAAACAAUAACUAGUUGCCCAGACAAGAACCAGAGCCUUAUGAUGACCUCAAUUUCCCAUCAGACUGAAGAAGUUAAAUUUUUCUUCCUCAAAUUCAAAGCCAAAGACAUUAUCCUGCUGAAAUAACAUCCUCCACCCUCUGAGUCAGAGGGAUUUGCUGACUUUGAUUUCCACUUGUGGUUAACAUUUACUGCUUUUGUUUCCUUUACCAUAAGAGCUAACAAAUAAUGAUGCUUGCUGAACACACACUUGAUAUUUUACCAAAAUAAGCGCAGGGACAGAUUAUAGUAAAGACACUGGCACUGGAGACAAUAAGCCUGCUACUUGCCCUGACUCAGCUGCUACUUCAAUUUGGUAUGUGGUUUGUGGGCUGCAUAGUUAAGCUUCCUCCCCAAAAAAGCUUAUUAACAAAUCAGUCUAUUAAUAGCAUAGGAACUGACACAUAAAGUUAUGCUCCAGUACUCCCUGUUUUGUAAAUCCACUUUUAUGUUUCCAGCAAUGUGAAUUUCAGUUAUUGUUUUUUUUAAAUGCGGUCUACUGUCUGACUGAGAAAUGAAAACGGAAAAAAGUGUUUUCAAAGAACGCUUAAAACACUUUCAAAGAACAAAGAAUAUUAUUUUUGUUAUGAGCUAAACCAUGCAGACUACAGGUAAGUUCUAGCCUGGCUGGGCCAUCCUGUUGCAUGAAUCACUUGCCGUUCCUUCCUUGGAAGGAACGGCUUCCUUGGAAGGAACGGCAAGUGAUUCACACAACAGGAUGGCCCAGCCAGGCUAGGUAAGUUCAUGGUGUGGCUAGUUUUCUGCGUUAUAAUAAUGAUAAGAUAAAAUACUGUAUGGAUAUGAAAGCAAAAGAUGGUGAAAAAUGCCUAGAUUGGCUGAUUGAACUUAAUUAUGUAAAUGAAGGCAUCAUUAGGCUUUGUUCUGCAAAUUACUUUGCAGAUAUCAAACCUAGUGCCAGCUGGGAAAGUCUUAACCUGUGGACCUGAGAAAUAAAUACACCAUAUGAAAAUAAACAAUGAACUUAAUGAAAAUGUAAUCUGUAUUCCCACAAAGCUUUAUAAUUUAAAUGUCAUUCAUAUACAAGGAUAAAAUGGUGCAAACUGAGGAAAGUUCAGCAGGACCCCAAAAAUAUCGACAGAACAAGUCAUUAUCACUGAUUGUAAUCAGGCACAGCACAUAACUUGUAUUUUGGAGGUUAUUUCAUGGUUUUACUCUGUAAAAGAUGCUGUUGGAGAGGUGUCUCAUGCUCAUUUGUCACAUGACACCCCACAUUACCAAAUUUGCAACCCAGACAGCACCACUGGGUUCCCACAUCAUGUCAUGAUCUUUUUAUAUGCAUGUGCAAGAGUCUUCCGGUAUCUUUUGCAAACACACCACUUUUUUUUAUCCGGAUCUGAUUUAUAAGAAACUGAGUCACUGUUAUAAAAAGUUUUUAAGCACAGUUAAAACUGUCACAACGAAACUCAGGCUGAUCUUCUUCCCAAAAAUUUGAGGAAUUAACUUGGCAGCAGCAUGGUGACAAAAUACAGAUGGUUUAUUCACAUGUCAUACAUCACAAUGUUGUAAAGGAUGUCAAGACAACCACAUUCUUUGUGGUUCAAAGAAUGUGGUUCUUGUGUUCAAGAGGAAGUUUUGUGAAGAGUGUUUAUGGGAACCUAUUUAAUUUUUUUAUUUUUUUUUAUUUUUUACAUUUUAUGUCAAUCUGGGUCUGAAUUUUGAUAGUAGGUGCGUAGACGUUGGGUUUUUACUUGACCUUUGUGCAGUGACUUCCUGGAGUGUGAAUGCUGAGCCAAGUUAACCAGUUGCUAGCGGAAGCCUCAUCAUUCCAGAAUAAAAUCAGGGUUUAAUAUAAAAAUCUGGAUUGCUGUGCACUUCCCGACGUCUUGGGGAGAAGUAAGCACUAAGGGCUCUGCAAAUCCAAAAUUCAUGAAUUGCACAAGGCCUGAAGCAGACUUCUGCAAACCCUGUGAGUCUGCUUGACAUCUGCAGUGAACAUCAUCCAGAUAACAGCUGAAAAAUCAUCAUGAUCUGAAAUAACAACAUUAGAAAUCAUGCAACGGACCUGCACGUUCCAUGCAUUUUUGCUGAGUGCAUGUUAAGACAGCUGACCUUUUGAGCUCGUCUUUCCCAGUGUGCCACAUCCUCUACUUUAUAAGCUUGUGUAGAGACAAUUAAAUUCAGUGAUGCUGCCCUUUUUCAUUUCCUGAAAAGGGCUUUACUGUACAGCUAAGUGCUCUCAAUGAACUCCCGUGCUCCCUGCAGAAUGUCACAGUCAGUCAGCAGCAGUGUUGGCGCAGGAGCAAAUGGGUCUGAUGGACCCAGAUUUCCAGUCUGUGCAGGAGGUGAGCAGCCUGCUAGAGCUAAAUGCUUCUGGGGAUCUCAUGAAGGAUGACAGAGAGGGUAAGAGAGUAUCUGGAAUAAUAAGUGAUGUUAUUGUUUUAUGACUCGGCAUCUUUCUUUCUGGUUAUAAAUUGAUGUUGCAUAAGUUAAGUUGCAUGAGAAAUUGAAACUUGUUAAAAAAUUUCCUGCAGAAGCUGUUGACCUGAUUGAUGAGUUAAUGUCUACUGAUGGUAAGUAUCUCGAGCUUAAUUUCUCUACCUUUUAUAUUUAAAACUGUCAGUAAAUAUUUGCAGAUACACUAAAUUAUAAUCAAUGCUGCCAAGAGUCAACAGCCAUACUCGCAGCUUUGCAGAGAGGAGGACUGCAUGUGUGGAUGAUUGGCUAGCAAGCACUUGUACAAAGUAAAGCUGAGGCUGGUUGAUAUGAGAUUAGUUUUACAGUGUUGCCCUCCCAAUUAUGAAAACAUUUUGGUAUUUAUUCUUCCUUUUCCCCCGUCCUUCUGCACAGGUAUGUACUACAGCUUCAACCUGGAUGACAACGAGGGAGUGUGUGACCUUUUUGAUGUGCAGAUCCUGGAUUACUGAUGUCAAACAGUGACUCUGACCUGUAUGCCAACACAAUAUUGCAAAGCUUGUCAAAAAAACAAACCCUAUUUUUGUUACAGUUUCACAGAUAAGUCAUACAUUAAAACUAUCUCUAAAAAUACUGUAAACACAUUGAACGUCUUAACUGUGUGCCAAACAGCUGAAAUUUUUCUGUGUAGGAUCUGAGCCAAAACAGAGCAAAGUGCCUAAAACGCCAAGAUAGAGGUGUUUAUGCAGCCAAGAUACCCUUUUUAUGGUUACUGAGAAAAUAUCCACAGUAUUCUAGAGAAAUGAAAUGCCUGAGUGGUAAUCCUGCCUGAGAAGUAAUCCAGAAAAAACUCUUCAGCUUCCCUCUGCUUUUUGUCUGCACAUAAAUUUGUAUUGUUUCAGUACUGACAGAAGGCCUGAGACUUGAACUGCUUUACUAUCUGUGGUUAAGUAACAGAUGAAGAGUUCCUUUGUUUCUAUUAACAGUCAUUUAUAACAAAUACAAGGUUUUGUUAUCACAGUACACACUUUCUUAACAUGGACAGUUCAGUGUGUGAAAACGUAACCUUUUCCAUUGUUUUAUUUUAGUUCUUUAAAUAUAUAAAUAAUAUGUAUAUAUAAAGAACAGUUGUAUUUAUGAGUGAAUAUUUCGGUUACGUUUUUAAACUUGUUUUACUGUGAAAUGCCAGGAAGUUUUCCUUUUCUAAGUUAUUGUGGCACUGCCUUUUUUGGCCUCUUUAGUUUUUGUUAAGAAAUAUAUAUAUCUUAUAAUUAAAAUUAUAUGUUUGAAUAAAAAUAUUUUUUAACUUAAUUUAAGAAAAAAAAAAUCUUGGUUCAGGUUUGUUAAACUGAUGCUGGAUGACUGCCUAAAAAUGAUAGUUUAAAAUAUAUUUGCAAUAUUUCUAUUUGAAAAUACUGGUCAGGAGCCACCGAUGGCUUUUUUGUAUAUUUAUAGUAUUUGUUAAAACCCUUUUUCUGGCUGACUUGAAUGUUUUUCAGAGACAACAGAUGGAACUACUUCAGUAAAAUAUCUUCCAUAUGAGGAAGCACACGAGCCAGAUCCUAACCUGCAGCAGUAUUUGAUAAAGUAACUGAUCUGUGCCAGCUGGGAAACAGGGAGACAGGAAAAACAUUUCUUUUUUUAUAACUAUUUAUGAGGACCCUCUCAAUAUUUACCAGCCACUGAGCUGCCAGUGUGUAGUCAUUGCUUACAAACCCCUAUGUCAGUGAAAUGUUAACUUAUCCACUCAGUCCAGUGACCGCUUCGUUUGAAACUGUGCAACUUUGGAAAUCCUUCUCUUGCUACUGCUGCCCUGUCAGCAACCUUUCAAGGCUUCAAUUCAAAAAUGUGUAAAGUCAACACAUUUCCACUUUUAGAUCUAUUUGAGAACCCAAUACAGUAAUGAAGCCACUCUAGAAAUGAACAUGACAAGCGAUGACAAAACAUUUCCAGACCUUAGUAAAUAAUUCAAAUGAUUGUUAAACAACCAAUUACCACUCUGUCAACCUGUUGUUCAUUCAUGCUACUGUUUGAAUCUUGGUACAACAGCAUUUUGGUGACAGAAUGAAAAUGGAUAACAACACUGUAUUAGAGAGAUUGGAUAUAAUUUUGACAUGUCUUAAACAGUGCUUAACCAGUUUAGACCUGUUCAAAGGAGUGGGACUUCUUUGUGAUUUUUGGUACUUGCACAUUUGAGUGCAUAAAAAUGCUGAGGUGUUCCCCAAGGUGCCGUUCUGGGGCCUCAAGUCCUGGGCAUCCUACAGUAUAUGCUCCCACCAGCACGCAUUGUGGAAACUGCUGGUUUGCUAAACCCCAAACUGC